CGGAGAGGCGGGAUCAGGUCCAACUUUUUACCACUACUAUCCCCUUCUCCCUUUCUUUUGCUCUCGCUGUUCUUGCUUUCGAUAACCGUGCAUCGCUAUCCCUCAUUUAGACUGCUCACAUCAAAAUGGCCUCAACCAUGGAAGCAGGUGUACUCUCCCGGGCGGCACAGCGCAAACAGAGGCUCUUGGAAAUUGAGAAUGAACAGAGGAUGGAAGAUGCGGAAGCGCUGAAGAUGACGGAGGAACAACGGCAGGUAUUGCUACGCUCAUUUGCGACCGUGACUUCCGAAUUCUUUCCUCUCGAUGGGCUGCAAUGGACACCAGUAUCGUUGAACAAGCGCAUACAGGUGAUGAAGCGAGUGGCGACGAAGGAAGCAGCCCCGACGACCGCCUCGGAUGACCGGCCCAUCUUUGCACCUGCCUCGCCCCCGCCACCAGCUCUUGCUUCCAUCACAAACGCCACUCUCGGGUCCGCAGAAGACACUAUACGCGUGUCGUCAGCGUCGAUGUCUGCAUUCCUGACGUCUUACUAUGCCUCUCCUUCUCGCAGCGGGGAACGGUCCAGGUCGCCUGUCAAGGGCCUGUUUAUGGAGGAAGACGGGAAUCCCUUCGUCAACGAGGCAGACGAAACGACUAUCCGCGGUCGUCUCAGUCGAAAGUCAGAGACCUCUUUGCCUGCGCCUAUAUCCACGUCAGCCAAACCGUUGGACGACGAUGAGCUACGCACGCCUAUCGCGCCAUUUCAUUCUAUAUCUUUCAAGCAGAUCCAUACCUCUCUUGAACAAUCCAUCCCUACACCCUGUCCGUCGAGGAAGAGGAGACUAGAUGGAUCUCCUUCGACUGGCACGAAGCGUUUACAUCACAUAUAGCUAUCCUUAUUGCUAUUUUGCUCAACCCCCCACGUAAAUACCCAGCCGCGCAAUGUAUAUGGAUUUACCGAACAUGAUAUGGGUUGUUAAGACAUUAUCCAUAGGCAUGAGUACCCACCUAUCUGCUCUCACAGUACUACGCGGUCACAUGCAGUUGCAUCAACUGAUCAUGAUAUCUUGAUUGUAUAGGGUCCAUCCUGAAUACUGGAUAGUAACAAGCGAAAUAUGUGGGAAAUCUGUGGAG